UCUGUCCUCCUCAUAAUCAUAUCAGUACACCCAACACUUCUGCAAGCACAACUCCAUUCAAGAACAUCAAGAGUAUAGGCCGCCACUGCAACAAAACAGCACUCCUAGCUACUUCAAGAUGAGGCCACAAUCUUUCAUCCUAGCAUUGUCUCUUAUCUUUUUCUUCCUCCAUUGUACAAUAACGUUGUGCCAGUCACCUGCCGCGGCCCCAGCUAUGGCACCCCCUAAGACACCAGUGAAGGCACCGCCUGCAGACUCUUCACAGGCACCUUCUGCACAGGUAGCUACAUCACCUGGCCCCGUUGACAUCAAUAAAAUCUUGCAGAAGGCUGGCCACUUCACAGUCUUCGCCCGCCUAAUGCAAGCUACGACAGAAGACACCGAGUUAAACAAGGAGCUGAACAACACGAACAAUGGAAUAACAAUCCUGGCACCAACUGACAACGCAUUUUCGAGCCUCAAAGCAGGCUUUCUCAACUCUUUAAGCGAUGAAGACAAGACUGAGUUGGUGAAGUUUCACGUGCUGCCUGCAUUUAUAUCAACUUCCCAAUUUCAGACUGUGAGUAACCCUGUAAGGACACAGGCAGGGACAGGUCCCAGGGUGACACUAAAUGUCACCACCACCGGGAAUUUCGUGAAUAUAAGUUCAGGGCUGACAAAUACAAGCAUAUCAGGCACUGUAUACACUGACAGCCAGCUUGCUAUUUACCAACUUGAUAAGGUACUAUUUCCUUUGGACAUAUUUACUCCUAAGCCUCCAGCCCCUGCUCCUGAGCCAGCACUGGGAAAGCCUAGGAAAGCAGCACCCGAUGCAGAGAGCCCUACUGCUCCUAAGGAUAUUUCUGGUGCUCCAGCUCUGCUUUUUCUGCUUAACAACGCCUUGCUUCUUGCAGUCAGCUGUGCGUUUGGUGCAAUAAUAUAUUCAUGAGUUAUGUAAGCUGGGGCCUGGCCUGGGUGCAGAAAUAUAUUUCUGGUCCCUUUCCGUGUUUUUUUUUUUUUUUUUUUACUAUGAUUUUGUGGAGUUUGCAAUGCAUGGUACUGGUGACUAAGAUGGAUGGAGAUCAGUACUGCUUUUCAAUAAUCGACAUUUUCCUGUCAUUCCCAUUAAUUUUGAAUCAUUUAAGUUUGUGAUUUAUUGCUCAAGAAUGGAUUUUCUCUCUUUAA